UUCUCUUAGACGAUGAGGAAGAAGGCGAUGAAGGCGAUAAAGGCAACUGCAGAACUUUAAAACUUGAAAGCAAAAACAAAGAGAAAGACCAGAAAUCUCUCUCCAAGGCCAAGAAAAUCAAGUCAAUGAAGAUAACUAAAGAACUGUCUGAGGGCAAGUGCAAGAAGAAUAAAUCCUUUGGCUAUAAAGGAAAGAAGGCCUGGGUGAAGAACGACUGCCGUGCAGUAUUCAAAGUUUGCUACAAGCCAAAAGGCGAAGAAGACGAUGAUGAGGAAGAGGGCGAUGAUGGCGAGAAAGGCAACUGCAGAACUUUAAAACUUGAAAGCAAAAACAAAGAAAAAGACGAGAAAUCUCUUUCCAAGGCCAAGAAAAUCAAGUCAAUGAAGAUAACGAAAGAACUAUCAGGGGGCAAGUGCAAGAAGAAUAAAUCCUUUGGCUAUAAAGGAAAGAAGGCCUGGGUGAAGAACAACUGCCGUGCAGUUUUCAAAGUUUGCUACAAGCCAAAAGGCGGCAAAGGCGACGAAGACGAUGAUGAGGAAGAAGGCGAUGAAGGCGAUAAAGGCAACUGCAGAACUUUAAAACUUGAAAGCAAAAACAAAGAGAAAGACCAGAAAUCUCUCUCCAAGGCCAAGAAAAUCAAGUCAAUGAAGAUAACUAAAGAACUGUCUGAGGGCAAGUGCAAGAAGAAUAAAUCCUUUGGCUAUAAAGGAAAGAAGGCCUGGGUGAAGAACGACUGCCGUGCAGUAUUCAAAGUUUGCUACAAGCCAAAAGGCGAAGAAGACGAUGAUGAGGAAGAGGGCGAUGAUGGCGAGAAAGGCAACUGCAGAACUUUAAAACUUGAAAGCAAAAACAAAGAAAAAGACGAGAAAUCUCUUUCCAAGGCCAAGAAAAUCAAGUCAAUGAAGAUAACGAAAGAACUAUCAGGGGGCAAGUGCAAGAAGAAUAAAUCAUUUGGCUAUAAAGGAAAGAAGGCCUGGACGAUGAUGAGGAAGAAGGCGAUGAAGGCGAUAAAGGCAACUGCAGAACUUUAA